AUGAAUAUGCCCUCUGGCACCACCAUAGCCGGCUCCAGCCCCACUGGCAGCGCCAUGAACAGCUCCAUGGGCGACAUGGGCGACAUGAUGGGCAUGGGAGGCAGCACAUGCCAGAUUUCCAUGCUCUGGAACUGGAACGUCAUUGACGCCUGCUUCAUCUCUGAGUCCUGGCAGAUCAAGUCCAAGGGCAUGUUCGCCGGUUCUUGCAUCGGCGUCAUCCUCCUCGUCAUGGCCCUCGAGUUCCUCCGCCGCCUGUCCAAGGAGUACGACCGCUUCAUCGUCAAGCAGCACGCCGCCAAGUUCCAGGAAUCGUCUGCUCCCACCACCGCUGCAGCCAAGCCCACUGCCCCAGCCGAUGCCACCAAGGCGGGCCUCGAGUCCGUCAACAGCCGCGAGCUGUCUUGCCCUGUCCGCGCCGCCAUGCCUCCCUUCCGCCCAAGCGUGUUCCAGCAGGCAGUCCGUGCGUUGAUACACAUGGUUCAGUUUGCUGUCGCGUACUUUGUCAUGCUGCUGGCCAUGUACUACAACGGCUACUUUAUCAUCUGCAUCUUCAUCGGUGCCUAUCUUGGCUCCUUCAUCUUUCAGUGGGAGACUCUGAGUGUCGGCCCGCAGCAAACCAGUGCUGCCAACGAGGCUACCGUCUGCUGCGGUUAG